CAUUCGCCCGCGGAUUGAGAGUGGCGCGGAGGAGUCUCGCCUGCGCCUGCGCGCGAGAGUAAUACCUGAUAGGAUUCCUUUGCAGGAGUUAGGAAAUGGGUGUGCGCAGCUGCCUCUUAAAGGGACAGAGUCCCCGAGUAAAAGGGGAAGUCGCCUGAGCGCCAGCCUGGAGGGCUGUAGAGAACAGGACGGAGAAAAGGCCUUCACGUUUGAAAUACAAAUAUGAUUCAGUUACAAUAUAUUGCCCUUCAGCUCAACAGCACCUUUCCGGCCGAAGCACAAGGACUGGUGAUGUCUCGUCCCUGCCCAGCGACAUCAUCCCUGCCUUGGCUAAGGGUGUAGAAGGGGAAGGUUUUUCUCGUAGCACCUUCACGCCACUUCCUCCCGAGCCUUCUGCAAGCUUCUUCAAGAGCGGCCGGAUAAAUGGAGCAGGAGUGCCUGGCUCUGGUUGCUGCCUGCGUCCAAACCUCCCAGUUGCUGGUGCAGCAAUGGAUGCUCAACAGGCGCACGGUGAUUUUCGCCAUAGCGAGGAUUCUGCAGAGGAGGCGCUUCCGUAGGUCGGCCGCGGUGCUCAGGCGCAUCCUCUCGGCCAGCGUCCGCCGCAAGAGAGCCCUGCUGCGGCUUCACCGGAACGCCAUCGUUUCCGUGGUCACCAUGGUGUACUCGUCUUCUCCCGCGCUGCACUACGAGCAUGAGCUGAUGGCCUUGUCUGAGCGCUCCCACUGGAUGCUUCCGAGGUGCAGUGAAUGGUGGGAGCGGAUGAUCAACUCCGAGCAGGACGACAAGUGCUGGAUUUCCUUGUUCAGGAUGUCGCGGUCCACGCUGAUGUACAUUGCUGAGGAACUGCGCCCUGCCCUGCAGCGCCGGGACACCGGCAUGCGGUCUCACAUCCCUGUGGAGAAAAGAGUCGCCAUGACUAUCUGGAAGCUGGCGCACCACGACAGCUACAAGACCGUCUCAGAGCUUUUCGGGGUAGGGAUUUCGUCAGCCUGCUCGAUAUUCGAAGAGGUGUGCGAGGAAAUAAACAGCAGGCUGCUGGCCCAGAUCAUUAAGCUGGGGGAUCCGCAGGAGAUCAUUGAGGGCUUCAAGGAGAUGGGUUUCCCCAACUGCCUCGGCGCAAUCGAUGCAAUCCACAUCUCCAUCCUCUGCCCCCCGUUCUCUGCCGACUCCUACAUUAAUUGCAAGGGUUUCUAUUCUAUGGUGCUGCAGGCCCUGGUGGACAGCAAAUCCCGGUUCACCGAUAUCUACGUCGGCUUUCCGGAAAGGUCCCAUGACUCCCGCAUCUUGCACAACUCUCCGUUCUUCAACAGCAUGGACGAAGGCACUUUCGGGCCACAGACUCCAACAGUGCUGGAAGGCGUUUCAAUGACCCCUAUCAUAAUCGGGGAUCCUGCCUAUCCGCUUCGGCCCUGGCUCAUGAAGCCGUACCCAGCGCCAAAAACUGAGGCCCAGGAAAAAUUCAACGAGAGGCUCGCCAUGUGCCGCGUGUGUGUGGAGAGAGCUUUUGGGGUCCUGAGAGCUCGCUGGAGGUGCCUGCAGAUGAGGCUGGAUGUGAGGGAGAAGCUCAUUCCUGUGGUCAUAGCCACCUGCUGUAUCCUGCACAAUAUCUGCGAGAUCAAAGGGGAUGAGUUGCUGGAGCCGUUGGAAAGCCCUGCGGUGGCGGAAAGCCAGAAUGCUUCAGCCAGGCCAAGGGUGCCCUUGUCAGAGGCUGGACUGACCAAGAGAGCUUGCCAGAUCAGGGCUGCUUAUUGCUCCUAUUUUGAAAAGAACCCUGUGUAAAAUGGGGUGGGGGAAGCAAAGCCGCAGGCUCAUUUGUCCAUGUAAUUUCAUGGGUGUGUAUGACCUGGUUGUAGCAUGCAGACCCUGCAUUGCUGAAGCCUACUGUGGUCGUUUUCUACAUGUCAAAUAAAAAGGCUAUGAUUUUGA